AUGCCCAGAAAGAAAUCAUCAGAAACAAUUUGUCCAUCUCAAAACUUCUCGGAUUCCAUGAGAAUGGAUCUUGCCGAUGAUGAGAACUCGUUGGCACCCUCGGAUUCAUAUCCAACUCCACCCUUGUCAAAGAAUGAGCCAUCUUCCCGAAAAUCUACCCACUCCGAAGCCAUCCACUCUACUAACAUGAUAUUUCCAUUGAAACAAUCUGAUUUUGAUAAUUUUGAAAGAGAGUUACGAUGUGCUAUAUGUUUGGAAGUUUGGAAAGAACCAACGGCUACUCAUUGUAGUCACUUGUUUUGCUAUGACUGUAUUGAACAAGGAAUGAAAAUUAAAAAAGAAUGUCCUCUAUGUAAAACACCCAUUCUCACCAAGAGACAUCUCAUGCCCAUGCAAUCAUUGACCAAUCUUGUCGAGGAAUUUCAUAAAUUUAAACGAAAAUUCGAUCAAACCAUGGAACAAUUCGGAUCAAGUCAUACUUCAACAGCCAAUUCAAUGGAAACAACCCCCUCCAUCUCUAUGGGAAAUACCUAUGAAGAAUUGUGCUCCAUGUAUCCUGAUCCGACCAAAGCAACAGCAUCGGCGUCCAACAAAACUCCAGCAAAUACUGGAAGAAAAACAUCAGUCAAUAACAUUUACAAUUCUGGAUCUACAGCAACAACAAGCUCUGUCACAACAGGAAAAAAGAGAAGAUUUCACAGAAAAGGAACAGCAGCCUCUAGAACCUCACAACCACAGGAUGGAAAUAUUUCAGACUCGUCAACAGCAUCGAUUGGAGCCAUUGUUAUUCCUUCUGACGAUUUCAUGGAAGAUGACAAGACCUCUGUCCAUGAUCAAUUACGGCAUGUUGAUGAACAAUUGACCGCUAAAAGAAUGAAGCUCUCUCAAUUGGAAGAGCUCCUUUCCGAUCUCAAUGACUCGUAUGGAGUUUUUGGAUUUUCACACGAAAAAUAUCCUUUCCUCUCCACUUUUGUACAUAAUGAAACAACGCCUGUAACCAUAUCAGCAAGUGUUAGUACGGCAGCUGGAAUUUUACAACAGUUACAACAUGUAAAUACUCAGCCAACUCAGCAAACACAACUCUCUGUAGGAUCACAAUCUUCAAAGAGAGUAUCUCAUAGAAGUUCAAAGGCAAAACGUUUGUGCCUGUGUGGAACUAAUCUAAGUACGGAAGCAAAAGAAAAAUUAGAAAAAGCAGCAAAGUAUUUGGGUGGUGACGUGAGAAGCGAAUUCACGGAUGAAGUCACUCAUUUGAUUUCACCACUAGAUGAGAACAGACUUGCAAGAAGAACGAUCAAGUAUUGUGUUGGUGUCGUUUCUGGAGUGUGGAUUGUUGGAACGGAAUGGUUGGACGCAGUCCUUAAGGCCAAGUGUCAUGUGAGUGAGGAGGAUUUUUGUGCAUUGGGAGAUGUGACUAUUAAACACAAUUCUCCAGCUGAAGCAAGGAAAAGUAUUGCCAAUGGAAAUAAUCGCCUAUUCUUCAACUAUAGAGUGCAUUUUCAUGGUACAUUUAAUGCCAAGUCUAAGAAUCCAUCAAAAAAAGAACUCACAGACUUGGUGACCUUUGGAGGCGGCACCGUCCAUGGCACCAUGUUUAAGCGAGUUAAAAAAUCUAAAUAUGAAAAUAUUAUUAUUGCAGACAAUGAUGUGACACGUGAGGAAGCAGAACAGAUUGAACAAGAAACUGGAUACCGACCGGUCACUUGCAAGUGGCUCCUCGAUAGUGUGAGUUAUAUGAAAAUUAUGGAUCAACAAGGCUAUGGUGUGUAG